UCUGAGACGCUGCGCGCGCCUCGUGACGUGAACCACCACCACCAUCACCGAGCAGUUACCAGUCAGUCCAGUCCACCACCUCUCCUCUCCCUCCACAGCUCGCUCGUCACCAUCCCCCCGCCACUCCUGCCGCUUCUCCUCCCAGACCGCGUCAGUCGCCACCGUCACCCGGAUCCCCGCCACCGAGCAAUCCCAGGAGAAUCCAACCAGCACCAGGAAAAUUUGAAAGUACAAAGCAGAGAGAGACCCGCCUGGAGAAAACCCAGGGUCCAUCCACAUCCAUCUCGACUCCAAGCAACCAGAGAAACACGAAAGCCAGUUGAAAGAGCCAGAUCACAAGCAUGGACAGGACAGCAAAUGUGGUAUUGGAUAUUGAGGGUCUGCCUCAACAACCUGAUAAAUGCUGCACUGGAAGUCCAAAGAUGACCAGAGCCCUGUCGCGUAAGGGUCCAAACCGCAUGGAGAGGAGGGGAGGUGAAGAGCAGGAGCCAGAUGACUUGGCAAAAAAAGUUAUCAUUAAAGUUGUGCCAUCUCAGAUGGAGCAGCUCAAGUUGCCGCUGGCGCACAACAAAACUUUGGUCACUCCACAUUGUACUGCCACCGCACCUGUUCUUACCGACUCUGUUGAAGGAAGGUCCAAGAGAUUUAAUCGACUCACAGCAUUUCAUCCCCGGAGAAUUCUUCUAUUCUUUGCAACUUUGUCGAGCGUGGGGACGAUGGUACUGAUAUACUUCACCCUCGGCAUCAACGGCGGCAAGGUGGAAGCAUAGAACUCCUCACAUCGGCGGCGUGGGACGGACGGCGUGGCGGUACAUUCCAUAGCUAGGACCAGCUUUCUUUCUUUCUUUUCGGUUUUUGUUUUGCUGGGAGGUACUGUAGCGUUAUUUAUAGCAAGAAAGUGAAGCAGCAAUGGAGACGAGACAGUCACAUCGGGCAUGCUGCUCGAUGAAGCGGUGUUCAUCAUCGCUGCCGCCCCGGUGUGCUGCUCCUUUGCCUCUUAUAAAUUUUCCUCCGUUGUGUACGUAUAAAGAGUGUGUGUGACUGA